AUGAAUAUCACCAGUAGCGUCGCGACAUGGCUCCGACAGGCUGUACCUGGCCGCUACCUACUGAUACUGGCCACUUUUGCUCUCCUCUCCUUUGUCGGCCUCGUCGCCGCCCAGGGCUUCUCCUCGGCCCCUCCCUGCGCCCUCGGCUGCAUCCUCAAGGCCAUCCCCGAGACGGGCUGUUCCCUCAAUGACACCGACUGCCUCUGUCGCAAGGAGAAGCAGGCCCAGCUGCAGGCCGCCGCCGGCGACUGCCUCAUCGCCCAGUGCAGCGCCGCUGACCUGACCAAGGCCGAGAACCUCGCCAAGGACGUCUGCAGCCAGCUCGCCUCGACCUCGCAGGCCACCGUCACCAUCACCGCCGGCGCCUCGUCUUCGUCGUCUUCGUCCUCGGCGUCGUCCGCCUCUGGCAGCAGCGGCAGCUUCGUCGCUGGCGCCUCCCACUCUGGCUCGGCGACCACCACCGACUCGGCCUCUUCUUCCUCCUCCUCGGCGUCGACCAGCGCGGCUCUCAACAGCACCACCUCGGCCUGGACCAACUCGACCACCGUGACCACCGUGACGACUGGCACUACUACCACCAGCACCACCUCGGACGACAGCAGCGCGACCGUCACCACCACCACCACCGCCACCCCCAGCGCUACCAAGACGCCCAACGCUGCGGCUGGUACCGCUGCCGGUGCCCUCGUCGCCGUUGUUGCCCUUGCUUUCGCUCUGUAA